AUUAACAAAUGCCCUUGUUUCUUUGGCGAUAGCAACGUGACGGGGAGCUGAGGAAGCGUGCAGGAGCUCUGUUGGGACAUGACGUGCCCGUGUUUGCGAAGUUAAGCUGAACGUGCGCAGCUGGCUUUCACCCCCCGAAGCCCCUUACAAAAAAAGGGUGAGUGUAUUUUUGCUACAUCAGAGAGUAUUGGUAGAUGCAUUCAGGCCAUCUGGGGCUGAGCGGAUGGACCUAGCAACUGCACUCCGGUGGUGGCAAGACCGUCUAGUUCCCAGAGAUACACGCCUGGUGUCAAAGAUUGAAGGCCGACUCUUUGGGAACAAGACAUUCAGCUACUACCUGUUUGGUGUGUUCUGUGCCUGCACGUUCAGUGCUGUUUCAAAGGACUCUGGGCUGAAGCUUAUCGCCGCCCUGCGACUGGUUGUGGCGCUUGCGACGUGCUACGCAGUCACGUUUUACCUCUCAACCAGCAUACGAGCGAUUCACGCACUCUUAGGAGCCACGGCUGAAAUAGCUGAAGAGAUUUACACGGGAGGACAGCUUGGUCAAUUUCAAGUAGAGGCCAGCAAGCUGUUUAAACGCACGCGCCAGGGCUACGGAGUCGCCCACAUUUACGGCAUUGCUGCCUCUAUCAGUCUGGUGCUGCCCGUCGUCCUGCAGGGUAAACUCAUUCUGGAAAUGUGGCCCUGGUUCGAUGGCGAGCUAGGUGUCUGGCUCGGCAUGGUGCUCCAGGCUGCCACCGGGUACCCAGCAGCAGCCCCAUGUUUCCUAUGCAUUGUGAUCACCAUAUCAAUGAGCGAGACGCUACGAAUGCUCUGCCUAAUAGUCGCCACACAGCUAAGAGCGGCGAAGACAACGUUGCAGGUUCAACAGGCUGCUCGCCGCCAUGCUGCCCUUAGCGCGCUCAUAGGGGAGGCCCGCACCGUACUUGAGUUUCCCUGCAGCGCGCUGACCGUGGGGUUCCUGUUUGUCCCCGGCGUGUCUACGGUGCUUGUGGCUCGCGGAGCUUUCGACAGCUUCUGCCUGCCUUCCGUGCCGUACGUCUUCAUCUUCUACAUCCUGUGUCUGGGCGGCCAGCGGCUCGAGGAGGCCACGGAGGCACUGGCAGAUGCAGGCUACGCUGCUUGCGGCGAGAGUCCACUCGACCGGGAUAAAGGAUUACUACUCCUUACUGUCAUCGCGCGCGCUCGGAAACCACAGACCCUUUCUCUUUUUCGAAAGAGUGCCGCUCUAAAUAUGAGCACCUGUGCGUCUUUCCUGCAGUCUUGGUACUCAAUGCUUAGUAUAUUAUUAAAGAUGCCUGACCACAGCUCGGUGUAGAUGUUGAUGUUGCCACAUAAGACAUUUCUGUAAUACCGUUAAAAAAAUUGUAGUGAGGUUUACUAGCAAUAUAGCCUUGAUAUGAGCAGUAAAAAGUGUCCCUUGACGAGGAAGGCUGCAACAUAACGGUUCAAGUAACUGUUACACAAACAAAUUCUGUUUUGAGGUAAUACGGUACAGUUCCCCCUUAGACGAGGAGUGCCGCACCUGCCGUCAAAGACCCCCGUCUUGCACGCAGUGCCGCCAAUCGUACGCUUAUCUUCGGCCCGAUCCCUGCAAAGUGGAGCAAGAUGCCGUGUGUGCCCAACCAGUGGCCGAUUGUGAUCAGGUGGCGUCCGACCUUGAGCGGCUGCGGCAGGAGCCGGCGCGCAUGAUCGCCGAGCUGGAGGAUAUGGAGGUCUCGUGUGCCUCUUGGCGUGCAUUUUCCUGCGACUCGACUCGGGUGUCAGCGCCGCAGGUCAAGGUUGAUA